AUGAUGAAGCGGAGGUCCAAUGCAAACGGCAGAGCGCGGGAUAGCGCCAACAAUACGACGCCGUCCUCGACGUCGGUCGACGAGGAAGUUGCGUGGGAAAUGAGGCCCGGAGGAAUGCUAGUGCAGAAGAGGGGUGAGAAAUCGGACGCUCCGACUCCGAAUUUGCGUCUUCGGAUUGCUUUCGGUGCUUUCCGUUACAAGAUCUCGGCCAGUGCUCAGUCCACAUUCGGGGAGUUGAAGAAGGUUCUUACGGCAGAGACGGGGUUACAGCCUGGCGAGCAGAGGCUGCUAUUCAGAGGAAAAGAGCGAGAAAACGGCGAGUACUUGGACAUGUGCGGAGUCAAAGACCGGUCAAAAGUCGUACUGGUGGAGGACCCAGCGAGCAUCGAGAGGAGGGCCGUUGAGAUGCGUAGGAAUGCCAAGAUCCAGGCCGCACAUCGCGCCAUACUGGACGUGUCCAGGGAGGUUGACAAGCUUGCGGAGCAGGUCUCUGCAAUUGAAAAGUCCAUCUCAAAUGGAGUCAAAGUACCAGAACUUCAGAUAACUACGCUAAUUGAGAUGCUCAUGAGACUAGCAAUCAAGCUGGACAACAUUUCUGCAGAAGGAGAUGCUUCUGCUCAGAAGAAUCUGCAGGGCAAGAGGGUGCAGAAAUGUGUUGAAAGUCUGGAUGUACUGAAGAUAUCAAAUGCAAAGGUGAAGCCUGUUGUGGUGACAACCAAAUGGGAGCCUGUUGUGACAACCAAGUGGGAGACUUUUGACCCUCCUGCAACCACAGCUCAAUGGGAGUUCUUCGACUGAACUUCGACGAUCACUGCGACUUUUUUUCUUCAUCUUCUUCGCUCGUUCGUUUUAUGUAAUUAGCUCGAGAUCGGGAUGUGGCGAGCUACCUGUACUUAUAGCUUCUUCUUCCAUAUGGACAUCGCCAAUAAGUAGUUGGUAAUGAAAAGUCACAUACAGUUUAGAUAAAUGUAGUUUUGUCGCAGCACUUUGAUAUUUCUACUUUGCCUGAAUGUUGUGGACAUGCAAUUUUCUCCAUGAAGGCGUGGUUUUUAGUCCAAAUCAAUAUUCUAUGAGUAUGACCAAGAGAAUAUAAUGUUCUUUUAUGA